CAAGCACGGUGAGUAAUGGCUUCUCCUACAAUAGUUAUUUGCACCUCUUGCCACAUGUACAGUUUAUCUAUCUCUGUCGCUGAUGAGGGAUUCACAUGUGAUAAAUGCAGGGAAACAGUUAGGCUGACAGAGAAGAUUUCAGAAUUAGAGACACGCAUCCAAACUUUAAUUGAGGACAGUAAGAAUGUUAGGGCUCUAGAUAUGGCUUUGGAUGCGUCUAGCUCAGGGAUUCCUGUACAUUGUCCGGUUCCAGCAGAGCCCCUGCAGCAGGGCAACUGGGUGACGGUGAGGCAGCGUAGUCGUGGGUCAAAACACCGCUCUUCUGUUCCGAUCAAAACAUUAAACAGGUUCUCCCCACUCAGUGAUGCACCCACUGAGAAACCUGAUGAAAGUGCUCUAGUUAUUGGCGAUUCUAUUGUACGGAACGUGAAUAUAGAGACACCAGCCACCAUAGUCAAAUGUUUACCGGGAGCCAGAGCGCCUGACAUCUUGGCAAAUUUAAAAGUGCUGGCUAAUGCUAAACGUAAAUACAGUAAGAUUGUUAUUCAUGCCGGCGCUAAUGAUGUUCGACUUCGCCAGUCGGAGAUCACUAAAAAUAACUUUAAAGAGGUGUGUGAACUUGCAAGCACGAUGUCAGACACUGUAAUAUGCUCUGGUCCCCUGCCUGCUUACCGUGGUGACGAGAUGCAUAGCAGAUUGUCAUCACUCAAUGGCUGGAUGUCUAAGUGGUGCCCACAGAAUAACAUAGGUUAUAUAGACAAUUGGACGAGCUUUUGGGGCAGACCUGACCUGUUUAAAAGAGAUGGUCUUCAUCCCUCCUGGGGUGGCGCCACUCUUCUGUCUAGAAAUAUGGCAAAUAGUCUUAGUGUUUAUCCUUGACUAACUGGGGCCC